AUGUUUAAUAAAGUGCAAAAUCAGUCAAUUCAUUCAAUUCAUUCAAUGGAAGAAAAAGAAGAAGAAGAAGAAGAUGUGUCAUUUGAACGGUUAAUGAAUAGUCAGAUAAAAGUUGAAGACAGAAGUUCAGUACUAUUGCGUGAAAUCAAAUUAAUGCAAGAAUUGCAACACUUUGGUCGAGAAAGGAUUCCCGAAAGGGUUGUCCACGCAAAAGGUAGCGCAGCGUUUGGCCACUUUCGGGUGACCAACGAUCACAUUAUUCAGUACUGCAAAGCAUCGUUAUUUGCCGACGUCGACAAAGAGACUCCCGUAGCGGUCAGGUUCUCAUCGGUAACGGGCGAGAGAGGCAGUGCUGACACUGUUUUCGGUGAAAUGCGUGGAUUUGCCGUUAAGUUCUAUACAGAAGAGGGUGUUUGGGAUUUAGUCGGUAAUAAUGUUCCCAUUUUUGCUAUUCGUGACGCAUCACAGUUCCCGGCAUUCAUUCACGCAAACAAACCAAAUCCUCGGACAGGACUUAGGGAUCAAAACAGUGUUUGGGAUUUCAAUUCAUUGCGUUCAGAAACUCUUAAUUUGAUUACUUAUGUAUUCAGUGACUUUGGUAUACCUAAUGGUUUCAGACAUAUGCCUGGUUUUAGUAUAAAUGCGUUUAAAUUAGUUAAUUCACAUAACAAACAUGUUUUCGCUAAAUUUCAUUGGUAUCCACACCAGGGUAUAGAUAAUCUGGAUAUAGAUACAGCUGCUUAUCUUAGAGGUGUAAAUCCAGAUUAUGCCCGACAGGACCUGUUUGAUGCCAUAACUAAUCAUAGAUAUCCUAAAUGGACAUUAAAAAUACAAGUCAUGAAUCAAAAAGAUGUCGACAAUUUAGAGUUUAACGCUUUUGAUGCAACAAAAUAUUGGCCUGAAGACAGGUUUCCCUUCAUUGAUGUGGGAGUUAUGACACUCGACAGAAAUGUCGAUAACUUUUUUGCCGAAACAGAACAGUUAGCUUUCUGUCCGUCCAAUUUGGUCGAUGGUAUUGAGCCGUCACCCGACAGAAUGCUAAUGGGAAGACUGUUCUCAUAUUCAGAUACUCAAAGAUAUCGCUUAGGAUCAAACCAUCAGCUAAUACCAGUAAAUGAGCCAAUCAAUGGUGCCAUAACUCCCACACUAAGAGAUGGUCAGAUGAGAGUUGACAAUAAUUUUGAUGGUUUGCCUAACUAUUAUCCCAAUUCAUUUUCAUUGAUCACCGAUAAUCCUGUAUAUCUUGAGCCUCCGUUUACCAUAAAGACAACUAAAGUUUUUCGUUACGACGAUAGCAAUGACCAUAACUACAUCAGAAAUUAA